UUGCUGAAAGACAUCUCUACUACUUUUUAAAAAAACUGUUGUUCUGCAUUAACAAUGAUAUUUUAGUGUUAAUUAAUGCCCUCAAGGGGUAUCUAAUACAUAGGUUUACUAAUUUUGGACAAUAUGAUUGAUGUGAAAAGAUUGUUAAAUAAUGUUCAAUUUUUGAUUUACAGAUUUAAUGGAACUUUAAGAAAAGUCAAUAAAAAGGUUGAUGUGUCGUUUGAUCGUCAUUUACGCAAUCAUGUGUCAAAUGGAAAGGAACUGGAGGACAAGGCACAGCUAUUUGGGGUGAUUUUUCAUGCUGGUAGAAGUGCUUCAAAUGGUCACUACUAUUCAUUUGUGAAAUUUGGGCAGCAUUGGUUCAAAAUUGAUGACAUGAAGAUAACAAGCAUAACUGAACUGUCAUUCCAGAACUGCAAGGACCAGGAAUAUAUUUUGUUUUAUAGAACUCUUCCAAGACCAUACAUUUCCUAGCAAUUCUGACUGUGUAAAAAAAAUAUAGGUGGAAAGAAGCAUUACUUUUGUUUGUCCCUUCACAUGUUUUCAGAUACAUUGAUUUUUUUUUGGUAUUUAAAAAUUAGUUUUAAGGCAGAUAUACAAUUUUUGAAAUGCAAUGACAAAUAAAUGUCCAGAUAUUUUAUCCUCAUGUUGGCU